AUGUAUUUGACAAAGCGUCAAAAAUCUAUGACUCUUCCAAUGGAUGGAAUAGAUGAUGUCGAAACAGAAGAGUGGGAUGAUGUUUUAGACUUCAAAUAUCCUGGUAGAAAAACUCUCCUCAAUCUUCUUGUUGCUUUAAGUUUCUUAUGCGCAGCAAUUAUCUCAUAUAUCGCCUUUAGAGAAGUAAGAACCAGAAAAACGCUUUGGAAAAUUGGAGCUAUAUUCGCCAGUGAAACAGGUUUAUCGUUUUCAUAUACCCUUUUAGUACCAAGUUCGCCGCUCAAAAUACCGAUGGAAGCAGUUGCAAAAUUCUUCUUAACAAUGACUUGUUUUGUAUUUGUACUCAGUUUCUUUAAGUAA